UCAUCGGGUAAGGCUUUCGGUUUCCACCUUAAUAGGAAAGGUGCUGGGCCGGUUUGGCCCAAACCUUUAUAUAAGGUGAAGCAGGCUUCUAUCGAGAAGCAUCCUUAGCUAAGUCUUGAAAAUGAUAUGGGGGUUUCCGGAACUAGUGAUUCACAAGCAGUUAGGGACCUGGAGGGAUAUUCUCAUAAGGGUGAUGGGGUGGCUUCUAUGGCUAUGGAUUUUGUGGUAGAAACUGAUGAUCUGCUUGAGGAUGGUGAGUUUGAUGAUAAUGCCAAGGGUGAUCUCAAGGCUGUCCAAGAAGAGGUUGCUUCCCCAGUACAGGGUACAGAGUUACAUACUGGUCAAGGGACUGAGUUACAAGCUGGUCAGGAGACUGAACUUCAGGGUGAAUCCGAUAGUGGUCCGCAAGGUGAUGGGAACGAACAAAAGAUGAUGGGGAAACAGGGUAAGACUACAAUGGGCGGUAAACCUUCGGAUGGUGGUCGUCUAGGCAAGAAAGGGAUGGGGGCUCUCCCGAAACUGCCGGCUAGAACGUGAAGAUUCUGAGUUGGAACUGUCAGGGCAUAUGGGCUGAUCUGACAGAAGAAUAGUUGGGAGAUUUGUGGAAGCAUCAGCCAGACAUUUUUUUUUAUCAGAAACAAAAAAAGUUAUUCUUAUUUACAAAAAUUUCAGAAGAAGUUUGGUUAUAAUAAUUUGUAUACUGUUGAUCCCCACGGUUCUAGUGGUGGGAUAGCUUUAUUUUUCAUGGAUGAAAUAAAACAUUCUGUUUUAUAUGAUAGUGAUCGAAUCAUUGAUGUACAAGCGUUCUUUGGUCAACAUUUGUUUUUUUUU